GGAGCAGCACGUGCUCUCUGAAGGAGCCGUGCGACUUUACCUUCAAACUUUGUUUCUCUUUUGUUUCUGGAACCUUUGGACCAGGUCCAGGACCGGGACCAAGACCAGGACCAAGACCAGGACCAGGACCAGGACCAAGACCAGGACCAGGAGGAUGUCCCGGGCGGAGGAGCGCGAGGCGGCGGACUGCGUGUGUUCGGUUGGGAUGAAGUUCACGUGGGACAUCAACGACCCCAAACUACCACAGGACACAAAGCAAUUCGACCCAUUCCAGGAGUGGACAGACGGUUACGUUCGAUACAUCUACACCGCUGAAGAUAAGAACGCUCAGAGACAUCUCUCUGGCUGGGCGAUGAGGAACACCAACAACCACAACUGUCAGAUCCUGAAGAAGUCGUGUCUGGGCGUGGUGGUCUGCUCUCGCGGCUGCACACUGCCGGACGGUUCCAGGCUGCAGCUCCGCCCAGCCAUCUGCGACAAGGCCCGGCAGAAACAGCAGAAGAAGCUGUGUCCGAGCUGCACUGCCGGUCUGGAGCUGCUGCCGUGUCGCGGUCACAGCGGUUACCCCGUCACCAACUUCUGGAGGGUCGAUGGAAAGGCCAUCUUCUUCCAGGCCAAAGGGGUCCACGAUCAUCCCAGACCAGAGUCCAAGUCGGAGACUGAAGCCAGACGAAGUUCGGUGAAGAGACGAGUCAGCUCGCCACCGUUCACCCCCAAGAGACGACUCAUCGAGACGCAGGCUCUGGGCCCCGCCCUCCUCUCCUGUGUCGAUCCAUCGGACAGAAUCUCCUUCAUCGAGCCCAAUUACCCACAGCAUUACCCAGCAUUCCAGAGCCCAGAUCCCUACUACAACCCCCACAAUGCACUAGGAGAGACCCCGCCCACACUGCAGAAACCAGCCAAUCCCAGGCUUUACAUGGGCCGGCCCGGCUAUGAGUUCCAAGGAUACCUGACCUCGCCUUCAUAUCCCAUGACGUCUGAACUCUGUGACCCCAGGGUGGCUCCGGUCCUUGGUUCCUCUUCUUCCUCCACAUCAUCGGCAGCUCCUCUCUCCUCCACUUGCUCCUCCUCCUUCGACCCCCAGACCAAGUCUCCUGCCGGCUGGAAGGAGCUGCUGAAGAGCUCCGCCCCCUACGGUGACAACCACCACUACUACAGCGCCGAGUACCCCUGCCGUUACCCCAGCAACGCCCCCGGGUCCCCCGCAGCAUUGCAGACCAUCAUCACCACGACAACCAAGGUCUCCUAUCAGCCUUGUCCGAAGCCUCCUGCCACGCUCCCUUCAUACCAGUCAUGUCCUAAACCUUCUGCUGGCCUCCCGUCCUAUCAGCCCUCCUGUGCUCCUCCAAAACUUCCAGGCCUCCCCGGCUGCUCCUCCUCUCUGCUGGAUGAUCCCUCCUCUUCCUCAUACUCCACCGAGGUGAAGCUGACGGAGGACUCGGGCGGAGUCAUCAAGUCUCUGUCGUUUCAGCCUGAACCUCUGCAGACCAAAACAGAGCGGGCCGACGGCUACGACUACCGCUACGCAUACCCCAACACGUACCGCUACGAUGACUACUGAGGCAGUGCUACCUCCACCGCUGUCAACAAGACUACUGUUACCACCACUACCGCCACGCAUACCCCAACACGUACCGCUACGACGACUACUGAGGCAGAGCUACCUCCAACGCUGUCAACAAGACUACUGUUACCACCACUACCGCUACGCAUACCCCAACACGUACCGCUACGACGACUACUGAGGCAGCCCUACCUCCACCGCUGUCAACAAGACUACUGUGACCACCACUACCGCUACGCAUACCCCAACAUGUACCGCUAUGACGACUACUGAGGCAGCCCUAACUCCACCGCUGUCAACAAGCCUACUGUUACCACCACUACCGCUACGCAUACCCCAACACGUACCGCUACGACGAUUACUGAGGCAGUGCUACCUCCAACGCUGUCAACAAGCCUACUGUUACCACCACUACCGCUACGCAUACCCCAACACGUACCGCUACGACGACUACUGAGGCAGUGCUACCUCCACCUCCGUCACCAAGACUACUGUUACCACCACUACCGCUACGCAUACCCCAACAUGUACCGCUAUGACGACUACUGAGGCAGCCCUAACUCCACCUCCGUCACCAAGACUACUGUUACUAAAUCUAUUACCAUGACAAAACAGUUGUUACUCCCCAGACAGAUACUGUAUUGAACCACAGACUAUUUACCGAGGAACCUUCUGAACUGCUGCUGUGACUGGACGGUUCCGGAGCUGACAGGAUGUGGAUCAUAGGGAUAUAACUCGAAUUGAAGCAGAAUGUUGGUACAUGAGAGACGUUUUGAAGACAUGCAUGGAGUACUUUCAUGUUUCCAAAGAAGACCCUUUUCCAGCUCUUCUAUUGCUUGAAAACACAAGAUUGGAAUGAGAUUUGUGUCAAACUGAGAUCUUAAAAACAGGAUUCUGUUGCGCCAAAAAGCCUCAACAGAAGACCCGACUUACUUGGUAUUUCUGGAGCUUUCGGCCACAUCUCAUGAGCUUCCUCAUUUAAUGGUUUUGAUCGUUGUGCCACGACCUGAAUGUGGAAUUUUGAUACAAACAUAUUUAUAGUGGAAAUGGUCUCUGCAGUCAGAUGCUGUUAUCAUGGAAGUGAGGUGUCUCACUUUCUUUAGGGUCCCCAUGAGUGAGGUGUGUCACUUCCUUUAUGGUCCUCAGAAGUGUCACUUCCUUUAUGGUCCCCAGAAAUGCCACUUCCUUUAGGGUCUCCAGAAGUGAGGUGUGUCACUUCCUUUAUGGUCCCCAGAAGUGUCACUUCCUUUAGGGUCCUCAGAAGUGUCACUUCCUUUAGGUUCCCCAGAAGUGAGGUGUGUCACUUCCUUUAAGUUCCCCAGAAGUAAGGUGUGUCACUGGCUCAAUCCCAAUCUAAACCCUUACGGACUCACAGACUUUGAGGCACGCUCCUGCAAAGUCCGUGAGGGUUUAGUUCUGUCCCACUGUC